AUGGCAGGUCCACCACAUCCACAUACUUAUAUCGGCUGGUGGGGAGAUCUUGGUUCAAGACCACAAAAAUAUGUCACUCAAUAUUCUAUAUCACCAUAUGUUGCUAAACCUUUAAAAGGAGCAGCUUAUAAUGCAGUUUUCAACACUUUUAGAAGAGUUAAAAAUCAAUUUUUAUAUAUCGUUAUUCCAGGCGUCCUUGUAUAUUCAAUUUUUGAAAAAGCAGAAACUUAUAAUGAAUAUUUAUAUACUAAAGCUGGUAGAGAAGAAUUGGAGAGAGUCAAUGUAUAG